UUCCAUCCAAGUAUCAAAAUUGGCUAAUGAAAAUUUAAACUUGAAUUCACCAGUGCUACUUAUUAAUGAACUAUCAUCUAAUAGUAUUAUUAUUAAUAAUAAACAAUUAUUGGAUAGUGUUAUUAACAUAUCUGAAUCUCUUUUACCAAUUCCAAUACCAGAAUCUG